AGUGGACCAAAUCCUUUGUCUGCAAUCCUAUUAAGAGGUAGUAGUAGUAGUAGUUGUGUGCAGUGGAAUAGAGUGGAGUGGAUUAGUGAGGUUGAGGGGACCUGUUUCUCUGUAGACAAUCAUCUUAGUGAAGUGGUCAUAUGAACCAGCCCACAUAGCCAGGAUCAGUAUGAACCCCUGUGGGCAGUCACACAUUGGUGGGCUAAGGGGAGACCACACUGACCACAGCACAGAGCACAUCCAAAGAUCAGCAUCUACUUGGAGCCAGUCAAAGGACACUCAUGCCUCUCCGGAAGGAAACCCUCAGAGACGUCUGGACAGAUGACCGGUCUCAAGAAAGUCAAGAUAUGUCCACUCCACAUAAGCCAAAGAAGAAGGCCGAGUCAGCCAACCCAGCCGCCAAUGGUGCCGAUGCCAAGCCCAAAAAGAGCAAGAACAAGAAGAGCGAAGAGCUGUCUGGAGAAGAGAAUCCUGCUGUUCAAAGUGGGAAAAAGGUCAAGAAAAAGAAACCAGACGGAGAAAAAACAGAAAAGGAAAAAGUGAAAGGGAAAGACGAGCCAAAGAAGAAAACAAAAAGUGCGCCAAAGAAAAAGAAAGGUUCAGAUACAGAAGAAGAUGAUGAUGAGGAAGAGACCCCACAAAAGAAGGCAAAGAAAAAGACCACAAAAGAAGGUUCUGACAAAGAUGGCACGGAGAAGAAAUCCAAAGCGAAAGAUGACAAAAAAGCGAAGAAAGACACCAAGAAAAAGGAACCGGCUUCUCUGUUCUGUGUAAAUGGGGAUAAGGAUAAGUCAGACUCCAAGAGCAAGAAGAAAGCAGCCAAAUCUGAUAGUGAUGACAGUGAACCAGAAACCAAGUCCAGCAAGUCAAACUCAAAAAAGAAGGAGAACGCCAACCCGGCAUCCAUGUUCGCAGCAGGGGGAGACAAGGACAAGGACAGGGGUAAAGACAAGAACAAAGACAAGAAGAAAAAGAAAGCCAAAGCAUCAGAGAGUGACGAUUCUGACUCCGAGGCAGAAAAAGGGACACAAAAGAAAAAGGGAAAAGGGAAGAAGAAGAAGGAGGAGAGGCCUCCAUCCCCGGACAUUGAGUUUGACAGCCUGGAGGAGUUUGUCCUGCAGCCAGCCCAGCAGGGGGUGACGGUCAAAUGCAAGAUGACCCGGGACAAGAGGGGCAUGGACAAAGGCUUGUACCCCACAUAUUAUCUCCACCUCGACAAUGAAAAGAAGAUCUUUCUACUGGCUGGGAGAAAACGAAAGAAAAGCACAACCUCCAAUUACCUUAUCUCCAUUGACCCCACAGACUUGUCUAGGGAUGGAGAAAAUUUCAUUGGAAAGUUGAGGUCCAAUAUGAUGGGCACUAAGUUCACAGUGUUUGACAAUGCUCUGCAUCCAGACAGAGCUCUACCAGACAUGUCCAAUGCUCGCCAAGAACUAGCAGCCAUCAUUUAUGAAACUAAUGUCUUGGGAAUAAAGGGCCCCAGAAGGUUGACCGUCAUCAUCCCAGGAAUGGGCAAGGACAGUGAACGGGUACCCAUCCGACCUCGCAGCGACAACAACGGUUUACUGAUGAAGUUCCAGAACAGAAAGAUGGACAAUCUGAUCGAACUCCACAACAAGACCCCCACGUGGAACGACGACACGGCAUCACAUGUGCUGAACUUCAACGGCAGGGUCACACAGGCCUCCAUCAAGAACUUUCAGAUCAUCCACAGCAAAGAUGAGGCCUAUAUUGUGAUGCAGUUUGGACGAGUAGCAGAUGAUGCUUUCACUCUGGACUAUAGCUACCCCAUGUGUGCGGUGCAGGCCUUUGCCAUCGCUCUAUCCAGCUUUGAUGGCAAAAUAACCUGCGAAUAACAGGAAACCAUGGGCCCCUGUGCCGCCUCAAGCUGCUGCAACUCGUUAUAUUACACACUACCAGAAAGAAGAAUUUCCUUCACCACUCAACAUCAGUGCAAGGUACACAGAAGGAUGGACGUCCUAGACGAGAUGGGAAUCCAAGUGCAUUUGAUAACACAUGGACUGCCUUCUGGGAUUGUUUGGUUUGUUUGCGUCUCAUGCACAGGAGGCUGCUGAGGGGAGGGCGGCUCAUAAUAAUGGCCCGGAACUGAGCUGACGGAAUGGCAUCUUGAAGACAGCUUGGCUGUCAACGUUGGUAAUUAAAUUUUUGCAUCUGAGCUCCUAGAGUGUGCGGCUCUCUUAUUUUCAGGAAUGGCAUCAAACACCUGGAAACCAUGUGUUUGAUACCACUCCACUAAUUCCACUCCAGCCAUUACUACGAGCCCGUCCUCUCAAAUGAAGGCGCCACCAACCUCCUGUGGUCUCAUGAUAAUGAUAAUCAUAAACUUUUCUGGGAACAACGUUACUUUGUCCAUAGGAGAUCCUUGCUGAUGCUGCAUGCAAGGCUGAGCACUUGAGAUGUGGUGUGCUUUGGCAUUACACCAUUUCAGUUUCGGGGGAUGCAGACCAAUUGGGGGAUGAAAGUAACAUCUGAAGACUGAAAGCCUAUCUCCCUCCCAUCUACAUCAAGGAUUGUCCAAUUCAUGAAUGUCCAAUUCAUUCUGUUCUAUUCCGUUUGGAAGGCAAAUUCAAUCAUGUGUAAUCUCAAGUCCAUUGGUAGAAAAACUGGGUCUACGUGGACUUAUUUAGGCAUACUUGUUCUUAUUAUCAGUAGGGUUACGUUUGUUUCCAUGCAUUGUGUUAUGUCAACAUUAUGAAAUUGACCUUAUUUUAGCUCGAUGUGUGCUUAUCAGAUGUCUACUGUAUGUUCAUGUUAGGGAUUUUUAUCACCAAUAUUAUGACAAAUUAGAGGUUUCAUUGUGAACACUUAAGCGGCAGUGGCACAAGGCAAUAUGCUUGUACCAAUUGACUGUCGACAGUCAAGUAUUUUACUAAUCUCAUUUGCUGUUCUCAUUCCACUCAAGCAACAAUUUUGUUGUUCUGAUACCUGCCUUUUUAUGUUCUCUCUAUGUACAGUUGAAGUCGGAAGUUUACAUACACCUUAGCCAAAUACAUUUAAACUCAGUUUUUCACAAUUUCUGACAUUUAAUCCUAGUAAAAUUCCCUGUUUUAUGUCAGUUAGGAU